GAGAGAAAUAUUUUUUUUAUUUAAAUGGAUAUUGACAAAUAAUUAGAUAUUUUAAGAAAUGGUAGAUGUUUAAGUGAGCGAGAUACUCAUAUGAUUUGUGAAUAUGUAAAAGAAAUUCUAGUAGAAGAAGCAAAUGUUAUUUUUGUGCAAACUCCAAUUUAAGUAUGUGGUGAUAUUCAUGGAUAAUUUUUCGAUUUAUUAGAACUCUUUAAGGAAGGAGGUGAAUUACCAGAAAAGAGAUAUUUGUUUAAUGGAGAUUAUGUAAAUAGAGGGUAAAUUGUAUAGAUUAUAAAAGUUAUCAUUCAGUUGAGACAAUGCAAUACUUACUAUGUUUAAAGAUAAAAUAUCCAAAAGAGAUUAUAUUAUUAAGAGGAAAUCAUGAGUCUAGAUAAUAAACUCAAGUUUAUGGGCUGUAUGAUGAAGUAUAUAGAAAAUUCGGUAAUGCUUAUCCUUGGUAAUACUUUUGUGAAAUAUUUGAUUAUUUGCCUUUAUGUGCUUUAAUAGAUUAAAAGGUAUUUAGCGUUCAUGGAGGAUUAUCACCAAAAAUAAAGAGAAUAGAUUAAAUUAGAACAAUAGGUAAAAAGAAUGAGAAAUUGAAUAGAUAGAAGAAAUGCAAAGGAACAUGAAGGUCCUAUGUGUGAUAUAUUAUGGUCUGAUCCAGAAGAUAUAGAUGGAUGGGCAGCAAAUAAUCGUGGAGCAGGGUAUUAAUUUGGUAAAAGUGUUGUUAAUGAAUUUAAUCAUAUAAAUGAUUUAAUAUUGAUUGCAAGAUCUCACUAAUUGGUAAUGGAAGGAUAUAAAUAUGAAUUUUUAGUAAUGAUAUAUUAUAUGAUAGAAAAAAUUAGUGACUGUAUGGUCAGCUCCAAAUUAUUGUUAUAGAUGUGGUAAUAAAGGAUGUAUAAUGGUAUUAGAUGAAAAUUUAGAAUAAAGUUUCUAAUUUUUCGAGGAAUCAUGUGAUUCAAAAUUAUAGGUUUAUGGAAUAAAAACUCUACCUUAUUUUUUAUGA